AUGGCUGUGAACUUUGGGGACCAUGCCAGUGGCUUUCGCCACAGCGAUGUAAUCAGGUUCAUCAACAAUGAGGUCAUCAUGAACGGGGGUGGCCCUGAAUUCUACGUGGCCUUCCGCUCGCGACCCUGGAAUGAGGUAGAGGAUCAGCUGCAAAGCGUGGUUUCUGACCCGCGGGUGCCACGCGCCAUCAAGAGGGCCUGUGCCUGGAGCGCGCUGGCAUUGAGCGUGCGUGUGUGCGCAAGGCAGUGGGAGCAGCAGGCGCACCGUAUCAAGUGGCUCCAGGAGCAGGUGGGGGAGCGUGAGGCGGCUUCCUGGGCCCUGGCCAGCGAGCUGAAGCACCUCCGUGAGGAGCAUGAGGAGGUGGCAGUGCAUCUACGAGGCACACGGGUCGCCCUGAAGCAGGUGAUAGAUGAGCGAGAUAUGUUGCGCGGGCGACUGCUCCAGCUCGAGAGAUCGGCCCAGCUAGCACCUGUGGCACAUGAAAUGCUGCCUGGGCCUGGAGCUGAGCAGCUUGGAGCUAUAGCAUGGCCCAUGAAUGUACCAGAGCACAGCAAUAUGGUGGCUCUGGGAGCACAGGGCAUGCCACAUUCAGAGAGUCAGAUGGCAGCCCCGGCAGCUGUGGUUUAUGUCCCGGGACCCCAGAGCUCCUUUGCCCAGGCAAUGCAACCCCUUCCACCAAUGCCGGUGCCACAUCCAUUGCCAUUCCCCACGGGAUUCCCAUAUGUGACACCUUUACCACCUUCAGCAGUUAUGGAAGGGGGAGCAGUCACGGCAGCAGCAGUACCAGUAGCAGUCGCACCCCAGAUGCCUCCUCUGGGGAUCUACCCACCUGGUCAGUGGGCUGCAGUGGGGGCCCAGAAAGAGAUGGCCCCACCAUAUGACCAGAGUUUCUAUGCCCAGGAAUAUUCUGACAACCUCCAGGGGCAAUAUGCCCAGGAGACCUGCAGAAGCCACACCCAAGAGGGAGGUGCUGUCCGAGAGGAAGGUGCUGUGUGUCCCCAGGGGAUGUCCUCCAUGGGGGUCAGCAGAAGCCACAGCCGAGAGGAAGGUGCUGUGUGUCCCCAGGGGAUGUCCUCCAUGGGAGACAGCAGAAGCCACAGCGGAGAGGAAGGUGCUGUGUGUCCCCAGGGGAUGUCCUCCAUGGGGGUCAGCAGAAGCCACAGCCGAGAGGAAGGUGCUGUGUGUCCCCAGGGGAUAUCCUCCAUGGGGGUCAGCAGAAGCCACAGCCAUGAAGAAGGCCAUGUUUGUCCCCAGGGCCCAGCGCCCCAGGGAGACAGCAGGAGCCACAGCCAAGAAGAAGGCCCUGUUUGUCCCCAGGGCCCAGCGCCCCAGGGAGACAGCAGGAGCCACAGCGAGAAGAAAUGUCCAGUGAUGCCCCAGGAGAAGUACUCCAUGGGCAGCAGCAAGAUCCCCAAACAAGAAAGUCCAGGGAGGCCCCAGGGGGCAGGUGCCUCAGGGUCCAGCACAAGUCAUGGUUUGAGAAAAAGCCCAAAGAAACAGGAGCAAAAGGCCAAGCAACCAAAAGAGAAAAAAUCCUCAGAUCUUCAGCAUCAGUGGAAACCUGCUACACACUCCAAUCAAAAUUGUUGGCAGUGCCUGCGUUGUAAAGCAGUGAAUUUUUCAUGGCGCAAGUCCUGCUAUAAAUGCAAGAAAGUCUGCAGGGCAGAUAAGAGUGGAGGCCCGGAUCCAGGACAAGCUCACUGA